AUGAUGAUGGAAUUUUUUGACCACAUGCGGGCCCUUGCUGAUAAGCUUCACGAUCGCACUCGUGUCUCUCUACCUGAUUCUCACGAUUCGAGGUCCGAUAACAAUUUGGAGGAAGAACUUGACGAACUUAUAAAGUAUCUAUCGACAGUCCACGCCCGUUUUCUCGAUGUUCAGGGUACCUCGGACCAGAAUGGCGAUUCUCGUUCGUCUGGGGACCUUAUCAGAAUCUUGAUCGACGUUCAUGGGAAUCUGAAAGUUACUUUGCAGUUGAUAGAAGAAGAAGAUGCGAGAAAUUAUAAGACCCCCAAAAAGGCUUUUCUCUGGAAGUCGGAUCUGCUGAAUUCAGUUGCGGAAGCUAUAGCCAUUGAAAAUCACAAAUUGAGAGUAUUGCUCUGCACUUUCGACCCAGAUGCAAAUGUUGAAGCUGCCAUUCCUCUAGAAUGGAGAAGGUUGAGAUCGCAAAAUAUCGAGGGCUACGUCGAAACGGAAAUACAAAGAUGUGGGAGACAGGGAAGCGAAGCAAGCCGACUGGAUGGCUAUAAUUACCAAUUUAAAUGGAACAAGUUGAAUGAUGCAGAAUACUUGAGCAGUAUCUCCGGGGAUAAACUUUGCAAAGUUUCGGCCAAAUCUUGGGAAACUUUCAUUCAAUGUUUCACUCGAAAUCUACAAAUUGCACGAGAAGAGUCUUGUGAACCUUCUGAUAGGUGGAUACAUCUUAUGAUUUGCUCGCACUACUUGAUGUCCGCUAGAGACUCUCGGGAGUAUCGCCAAUUCUCCACACAUUUCAAACAUCCACAAGAUUUAUGUAUCAUUGAUACGGGCUUCACUUUACAUCAUUAUAUAACGGAGCUAGAGAUCCUGCUCUUCGGCAUUCUUACUGAAAUAGAAACAGAAUAUCUCAAUCCUGAUGCAGUUCAGGAAAGGACCAAGACAAAGAAUUCGCAGCAAUCCACGCCAUUGAUUUCUCAAACUCCUCUACUAGUACAAGAUAGGCAUGAAAGUGUCUCAACUGAGUCGACUCAGUCAAUGAGCAUUGAUGAAUACGGAGUUGUUUUCAAAUGUCAGCUCAGUGGCGAGCAAGCUGGUCAUAUAAUUAAAAUUCGAAUCGAUGCAGAGGGUGCAUUGACUUUGGAUUUCGAUGAGGAACCACGUCUUUGGCCUAAAACCCUUCAGGCGUUUAGAGAAUUGGAUUUACGAAGAGCUUCUAUUCACCCCAAUUAUCUUACCCCUGGAAUAUAUAUGUGUCAUUUAACACUUGAGAGGAAACUACGUGGAAGAACCGAUAUCCCGAGUGGCCGUUUGUUCUUCGAAAGCUCAAUACGUUUGAAGGAAUUUCAAAGGGCUCUGACAGGAUAUAAGGUUUUAGUAGACUUUCAACAGGGCAUCAAACUCCGGACCCUUGAGAAGUAUCAAUUUGAAAGCAAAAAUGCGAUUACUGGAAGACUUCAAAUUUGGCUGAAAGAUUUCAGCAGGGGGCAUGAUUCUACCCAAGCUGGUGCAGGCUCUUCACUUCGAAGAGCAUCGACAUCUCUCUCAACUGUGAGCGGAACUACUUUUGCUUCGAUAGCCACACUGAAGGCCCAACAAGCCAUUCCUGGUUCACAUCUGACCACUAUUGACGAGGGGAGUGGCUUACAAAUAGAAAUGCCCGUUCCUCCACUGGUCAUUAUGUUUGUUGAAUCCUCGUCGAGAGCUGGGAAGAUCCAACGAGGGCAGAUCUUGGCAUUCAAAUUUGCAGAGAACUCGAAGCUUGACCGAAAAAAAUGCAAACCUGAUGACAAAUUUUCUCGCUGCUUCGUGCUUCGCCCUGUUCGUUGUGACCUUGAAAUUGGACCUCUGAAAUUUCCACAAAACCCGAAAGAACUCAGCUGGCUCGAAGUUUCUUUCUCAAACGAUGAAGAAAGGGAAAUCUUUACUAAACAACUUGAAGAUGCAAGAAAAAUAUAUCAUCGACGUAUGGAACAACAUAAUAAGGGCUUAAAAUUCAUGCGCCAGGGCCGUCAUAAUACCAAGGAAUACGGCGUAGAUUGAUGACAAUGAAUAAUG